AAGCAAUGUGAAAGGUGAGCAACCACAAAUAAACAACUCAUCUACAUACAUAUACGCAAUGAUCAGCCAUGAUCGACUACAACUGUACUAGAUCUUCUCGCCCGGAUCAUUUCUGAUGUCGACCAAAGCAUGGAUUCUGCACGGCGUCGCCGCCGCCGCCGCUCUAGCCGUCGGUGCUCACGCUUAUUUCUAUUACCGCCGAUCUGUCACCAUGUUUCGGAGUCGAGUAGUCGGCAUAAUUCCUGCCCGGUUCGCUUCUUCUCGUUUCCAGGGCAAACCCCUCGUUGAUAUCCUUGGCAAACCCAUGAUCCAGAGAACAUGGGAAAGAGCAAAGUUGGCAACGACAUUGGACUGUGUUGUUGUGGCAACGGAUGAUGAAAAGAUUGCAGAGUGCUGUCGGGGAUUUGGUGCUGAUGUUAUAAUGACUGCAGAAUCCUGCAGAAAUGGUGCUGAGAGGUGUAGUGAAGCACUUCAAAAGCUCGGGAAAAAGUACGACAUUGUUGUCAAUAUUCAAGGAGAUGAACCUCUUAUCGAGCCUGAAAUAAUCGAUGGGAUUGUGAGAGCUCUUCAGACCACCCCGGAUGCAGUUUUCAGCACGGCAGUCACAUCUUUGAAACCGGAAGAUGCUUUUGAUCCAAAUCGUGUGAAAUGUGUGGUUGAUAACCGUGGUUAUGCAAUCUACUUUUCUCGAGGGCUGGUACCUUUUAACAAGUCAGGGAAGACCAACCCUAAAUUCCCAUAUAAUCUUCAUCUUGGCAUUCAGAGCUAUGAUUCGGAGUUUCUGAAAAUUUAUCCGGAUCUUACACCGACUCCAUUGCAACUAGAAGAAGAUUUGGAGCAACUUAAAGUUCUUGAAAACGGAUACAAGAUGAAGGUGAUAAAAGUGGAUCAUGAUGCUCAUGGUGUGGAUACUCCUGAAGAUGUUGCCAAGAUUGAAAGUUUUAUGAGGGAAAGAAACUUGUCUUAGCUUCCACACCACCAAAAUCUUGAACAUUUCUUUAAACCCGUAUUCCAAAAUGCCGAUCUGUUACAAAACUUUAUCAUAUCCGACUCUUUUUGUCACACUUUUCACGAACUGGGGUUCUUCAGGGUAGAGGUAAGAUCUGACUAUAUCUUUAACUAGUUUGGCUCAUCUUUCAUCUGUUUUUCCACUAUUUAUUUAUUUAUUUGUUUCAAUUUUUCACAAGUGUAAUUAGGUCCGAUUGUAGCAUGUAUCGAAACUUGAAUG